ACAUCAGAUACUAAGAAACACACAAGAUAGAGUUAGAGAGUAAUAGCGAGAGCGAUAUCAGUUUUUUCUCUAUUAAGAGGUAUGGCAAAGUGGAGUGUUAUGCUUCUUCUGGCAUUUCUUAUGGUUCAUGCUACUGCAAGAAAUGUGCCCACUGCAGGUACUCCGCCUACUAGCACUCCAGCUAGUGGUGCAGCUGGUCUUAAUGACCAAAAGAACUUCCUCACAUAUGGUGGCGUUGGCGGCUUCUCCGGACUUGGCUCUAAUGGUCUACCCUUUGGUGGAGUUGGGGGGAUGGGUGGGAUUACUCCCAUCGGUGGUGGAGGUGGUUUAGGUGGUCUAGGUGGACUUGGAGGUGGAGUUGGGGGGAUUGGUGGGAUUACUCCUUUAGGUGGCGGAGAUGGUCUAGGUGGACUCGGAGGGCUUGGGGGAUUUGGUGGCGUGGGCGGUGGUACUGGUGGUGGAGUUGGAGGUGCCGUUGGUGGUGGAGUUGGAGUUGGAGGUGGAGGUGGAGCUGGUGCUGGUGUUGGCGGUACUGGUGUCCUUCCUUUUCCUUGAAAUAUUAGUGGGCUUUCCCAUAAAUACAUAAAACUUUUUUCAGAAAGUAUAAUUAUCCAAGUAUUUCGCAGAUGUAGUUUUAUGUUGAUUACGUGUGAGUCAGAAUUCGUCUUCUUUUAUUUAGUUAUCUUUUGUUUGUCAAUGUUUUUCAUUUGUAUUCAACGUUUCUAUGUUUUUCUAAUGAGUAUUUUACGUAAAUAAAUCUAAUCUUCUCUUCUCUA